CCAGCGCCCGCCCAUUGCGCACAUGCUACCACGCGUUGCGCCAUACACAUACUUUUUCUGCGCCCUAGUCAUCCUGGCCGCCGCACUCGUCCCGUUCUCUUCUUUCCUUUCCCGCAGUGGCCUCCGCCUAGCGCAAUUGAAGCAGCACAUUUACCCGUGCCCCUCCCCCGCAGUCGCUCUCCCAACUUCUUCAGGCUCCUUCCACAGCUUCAACAGAUCCAUCGCGACCAUGGCCUACGAGAAAGAGCUCGAGACAGCUCUGCUGGCCGUCCAGCGCGCGACCCUCCUCACCAAAUCCGUCUUCACAUCCCAUUCCAAGGGCACCCUCACCAAGUCGGACGCUUCGCCCGUCACAAUCGGCGACUUCGGCGCCCAGGCCCUCAUCAUCGCAUCCAUAAAGCACGUGUUCCCCGAAGACGAAGUUGUGGGCGAGGAGGAUGCAGACGAUCUACGCGCCGAUGAGACUCUGCGCGACCUGGUGUGGGACUUGGUCACGGCAGCCAAGCUGGAGGACAGUGUGGCAGAGGACAAGAUUGGAGGACCCAUUAAGAGCAAGGAUGCUUUGCUGGAGGCUUUAGACAGUGGUAAGAGCGCUGGAGGAAGGAAAGGCAGGAUUUGGGCGCUCGACCCCAUCGAUGGCACCAAGGGCUUCCUGCGUGGUGGACAAUACGCCGUGUGCCUGGCGCUCAUGGUGGAUGGUGUCCCGACCGUAGGAGUGCUAGGGUGCCCUAACCUGCCCGUCGACGACAAAGCGCCUCUCGACUCUUCCAUCGGCGCUGACGCAGACUCUGGCGAGGGCAAGGGUGUCCUCUUCAGCGCUGUAAAGGGCGAGGGAGCAUCAAGCCGGCCACUCAGCAAGGCGGGAUUGCAAGAGGCGCAGAAGAUCUCGAUGAAGGACGUGACCGAUAUCAGCGAGGCCACUUUCUGCGAGAGCGUAGAGGCAGGCCACUCGAGCCACGGCGAUCAAGCAAGCAUCGCUUCGAAGCUCGGCAUCACAAAGGCUAGCGUUCGUAUGGACUCGCAAGCCAAGUACGCUUCCAUUGCGAGGGGAGCGGGUGACCUGUACCUGAGACUGCCUGUCAGCAAGUCGUACGAGGAGAAGAUCUGGGAUCACGCCGCUGGUGUAGUCAUCGUACAAGAAGCCGGGGGCGAGGUUACCGAUGCACAUGGCAAGCCGCUAGACUUCGGCAUUGGCAGGACGCUCAAGGAGAACAAGGGCGUCGUAGCCGCACCGAAAUCAGUGUUCCCCAAGGUCAUCGAGGUAGUAAAGGAGGUUCUCGGCGCAAAGCAAUAGACUCUGCCAACCUGGACGUUUAAUGUAAACAUUACGACCUGUAUGAAGACAUGUCCAUUUGCUUGUGUAUGAAGCUUUACUUUGACAUAUAUACUGACGCGGAAAUCACAACCCAC